UCGCGGCGAGGGCGACUGCUCCGAGGCCGAGUGGCGAUCGGGUGGAGACCUCGGUUCCUUUCUCCGUAUGAUUCUCUUGUGAUCAGCCUUUGUACCUUUUCCACAUUUGAAGAUGGUGAAGUUAGAUAUUCAUACUCUGGCCCAUCACCUCAAGCAGGAACGCUUAUAUGUAAACUCUGAGAAACAACUCAUUCAGAGGCUCAAUGCAGAUGUACUUAAGACAGCUGAAAAGUUGUAUCGUACAGCAUGGAUUGCUAAACAACAGAGGAUUAAUUUGGAUCGGCUUAUCAUAACCAGUGCUGAAGCUUCCCCUGCUGAAUGUUGCCAACAUGCCAAGAUUUUGGAAGAUACACAGUUUGUUGAUGGAUAUAAGCAAUUGGGAUUUCAGGAGACUGCUUAUGGAGAAUUCUUGAGUCGAUUAAGGGAAAAUCCUCGUCUUAUUGCCUCCUCUCUGGUUGCUGGAGAGAAACUUAAUCAGGAGAACACACAAAGUGUUAUUUACACAGUUUUUACCUCCCUCUAUGGCAACUGCAUUAUGCAAGAAGAUGAAAGCUACCUCCUUCAGGUUUUGAGAUACUUGAUUGAAUUUGAACUUAAAGAAAGUGACAACCCCCGGCGACUUUUGAGGAGAGGAACUUGUGCCUUCAGCAUCUUAUUUAAACUUUUUUCUGAAGGACUGUUUUCUGCCAAACUUUUCCUCACAGCUACUUUACAUGAGCCAAUCAUGCAACUGCUUGUGGAAGAUGAAGAUCAUCUGGAAACAGAUCCAAAUAAACUAAUUGAGAGGUUCUCCCCAUCUCAACAAGAAAAACUCUUUGGAGAGAAAGGCUCAGAUAGAUUCAAGCAAAAGGUUCAAGAAAUGGUGGAUUCCAAUGAGGCCAAACUAGUGGCUUUGGUGAACAAAUUUAUUGGUUAUCUCAAACAGAACACAUACUGCUUUCCACAUAGUUUGAGGUGGAUCGUGUCGCAGAUGUACAAAACCCUCUCCUGUGUAGACAGACUGGAAGUUGGGGAGGUCAGGGCAAUGUGUACUGAUCUCCUAUUGGCCUGCUUCAUUUGUCCUGCAGUUGUCAACCCAGAACAGUAUGGAAUCAUUUCUGAUGCUCCUAUUAAUGAAGUGGCAAGAUUCAAUCUGAUGCAGGUUGGCCGCCUUUUGCAGCAGUUAGCAAUGACUGGCUCUGAAGAGGGAGAUCCCCGGACAAAGAGCAGCCUUGGAAAAUUUGACAAAAGCUGUGUUGCUGCUUUCCUUGAUGUUGUGAUUGGGGGCCGUGCAGUGGAGACUCCUCCAAUGUCCUCUGUUAAUCUUCUGGAAGGGUUGAGCAGAACUGUGGUUUAUAUAACCUACAGUCAGCUUAUUACUCUGGUGAAUUUUAUGAAGAGUGUGAUGUCUGGAGACCAACUGAGAGAAGAUAGAAUGGCUCUUGACAAUUUAUUGGCAAAUCUACCCCAGGCAAAGCCAGGGAAAAGCAGCAGUUUGGAAAUGACUCCCUACAAUACUCCUCAGCUCUCUCCAGCAACCACUCCAGCAAAUAAAAAGAAUCGAUUGCCUAUAGCAACUCGGAGCAGAAGUCGCACCAAUGUGCUAAUGGACUUACAUAUGGACCAUGAAGGAUCAUCUCAAGAAACCAUCCAGGAGGUGCAGCCAGAAGAAGUGUUGGUUAUUUCCUUAGGGACAGGCCCCCAGCUUACUCCAGGGAUGAUGUCAGAAAAUGAGGUCCUAAACAUGCAACUUUCGGAUGGAGGACAAGGAGAUGUCCCUGUCGAUGAAAACAAACUCCACGGUAAACCUGAUAAAACCUUGCGCUUUUCCCUCUGCAGUGAUAAUCUGGAAGGAAUAUCUGAAGACCUAGAAGGAGAGUCUGUAUCAGAACUGGGAGCAGGACCUUCUGGCAGUAAUGGAGCUGAUGCUCUCCAGCUACUGGAGCAUGAGCAAGCCACGACACAAGAUAAUCUUGAUGAUAAACUGAGGAAGUUUGAAAUUCGUGAUAUGAUGGGAUUGACAGAUGAUAGGGAUAUAUCAGAAACAGUGAGUGAGACCUGGAGUACAGAUGUCUUAGGAAGUGAUUUUGACCCUAACAUUGAUGAAGAUCGUUUGCAAGAAAUUGCAGGUGCAGCAGCAGAGAACAUGUUAGGCAGUUUACUGUGCCUGCCAGGGUCAGGAUCAGUGCUUCUUGACCCCUGCACUGGUUCUACCAUAUCAGAGACAACAAGCGAAGCUUGGAGUGUAGAGGUUUUGCCAAGUGACUCAGAGGCCCCAGAUCUAAAGCAGGAGGAACGUCUGCAGGAACUGGAGAGCUGUUCGGGACUGGGCAGCACAUCUGAUGAUACGGAUGUCAGGGAGGUCAGUUCCCGCCCCAGCACACCAGGCCUCAGUGUUGUGUCGGGCAUCAGUGCAACCUCUGAGGAUAUUCCCAAUAAGAUUGAAGACCUGAGAUCAGAGUGCAGCUCUGACUUUGGGGGUAAAGAUUCUGUCACUAGUCCAGACAUGGAUGAAGUAACUCAUGGUGCCCACCAUCUGACCUCUCCCCCUUCUCAGUCAGACUCUCUGCUGGCCAUGUUUGAUCCACUGUCUUCACAUGAAGGGGCUUCUGCUGUGGUAAGGCCAAAGGUCCACUAUGCCAGGCCAUCGCAUCCACCACCAGACCCACCAAUCCUGGAAGGAGCUGUGGGAGGAAAUGAGGCCAGGCUGCCAAACUUUGGUUCCCAUGUUUUAACUCCAGCUGAAAUGGAGGCAUUCAAGCAAAGGCAUUCUUACCCUGAAAGAUUAGUUCGCAGCAGGAGCUCUGACAUAGUGUCUUCUGUCCGGAGACCCAUGAGUGACCCCAGCUGGAACCGCCGCCCAGGCACUGAAGAGCGAGAACUCCCUCCAGCUGCAGCCAUUGGUGCUACUUCUUUGGUGGCUGCACCUCAUUCGUCAUCUUCAUCUCCGAGUAAGGACUCCUCAAGAGGAGAGACUGAAGAACGCAAAGAUAGCGAUGAUGAAAAAUCAGACAGGAACAGACCUUGGUGGAGAAAACGUUUUGUUUCUGCUAUGCCUAAAGCUCCUAUACCAUUUAGAAAGAAAGAAAAACAAGAAAAAGACAAAGAUGAUCUGGGGCCUGACAGAUUCUCAACACUCACAGAUGAUCCCAGCCCUAGACUCAGUGCACAAGCUCAGGCUGCUGAGGAUAUUCUGGACAAAUACAGGAAUGCUAUUAAACGAACCAGCCCCAGUGAAGGAGCCGUGGCCAGCUAUGAAAGUGCAGAGGUUAUGGGUGAUGGUGAAAGUGCACACGAUUCUCCUCGAGAUGAAGGGCUGCAAAACAUCUCAGCCGAUGAUCUCCCGGACUCUGCGAGCCAGGCGGCCCACCCGCAGGACUCCGCUUAUUCUUACAGAGAUGCAAAAAAGAAACUGAGGCUUGCUCUGUGCUCUGCGGAUUCUGUUGCUUUCCCUGUGCUAAGCCAUUCAACAAGGAACGGUUUACCAGACCACACAGACCCAGAAGAGAAUGAAAUUGUAUGCUUCUUAAAAGUUCAAAUAGCCGAAGCAAUUAAUUUACAAGAUAAGAACUUAAUGGCUCAACUGCAAGAAACAAUGCGUUGUGUGUGCCGCUUUGACAACAGGACUUGCAGGAAACUGCUGGCCUCCAUCGCCGAGGACUACAGGAAAAGGGCCCCCUAUAUUGCUUAUCUUACUCGCUGUCGACAAGGACUGCAGACCACACAGGCUCACCUGGAAAGGCUGCUGCAGAGGGUUCUGCGGGACAAGGAGGUGGCCAAUCGGUACUUUACCACCGUCUGUGUGAGGUUGCUGCUUGAGAGCAAAGAAAAGAAGAUCAGGGAGUUCAUUCAAGACUUUCAGAAACUCACAGCAGCUGAUGAUAAAACUGCUCAGGUAGAAGAUUUCCUGCAAUUCCUUUAUGGUGCGAUGGCCCAGGACGUUAUAUGGCAAAAUGCGAGUGAGGAGCAGCUUCAGGACGCUCAGCUGGCCAUUGAGCGAAGCGUGAUGAAUCGGAUUUUCAAGCUUGCUUUCUACCCUAAUCAGGAUGGGGACAUACUCCGUGACCAGGUUCUUCAUGAACAUAUUCAGAGGUUGUCUAAAGUAGUGACUGCGAACCACAGAGCCCUUCAGAUACCAGAGGUUUAUCUUCGGGAGGCACCGUGGCCAUCCGCACAGUCAGAAAUCAGGACUAUAAGUGCUUACAAGACCCCCCGGGACAAAGUGCGGUGCAUCCUGAGAAUGUGCUCCACCAUCAUGAACCUCCUGAGCCUGGCCAACGAGGACUCCGUCCCAGGGGCAGAUGACUUUGUCCCUGUUUUGGUGUUUGUGUUGAUAAAGGCAAACCCCCCCUGUUUGCUGUCCACUGUCCAGUAUAUCAGCAGCUUCUAUGGCAACUGUCUGUCUGGGGAGGAGUCCUACUGGUGGAUGCAGUUCACGGCAGCUGUGGAGUUCAUCAAAACCAUCGACGACCGAAAGUGACCAGGCCUCAGGCCCACCAAGGCAGCUGACUGUCCAGCGGCAGACUGAUCUUUGAGAAAUGUACCAGCUGCCUUGAAGGCUAAAGCUUGUUUUGUAUAAUAUUGUAUAGUAUUCAGACAUUUUAAAACAGAUCUUUACUAAACAGAUUAAUGAGCUAACAAUCAGGUUCUCUUUUCUUCGGGCUCUUCCUUUCUGAGUUGCAUAUUUUACUCUUUUGUCCCCAGGUAGAGAAUAGUACUGCAAAAAGGGACCAUGUUUUUCAGGUAUUUGAAAUACUAAAAAACAAAGCAAAACCUCCUAGAAAAUGUCUAGAUCUCCAUUCAUGGGUACCCAUUCUUUCCUUUUAUGUAACAAAGAAGAAAGAUGCUGUCUAACCCUGUAGGCAAUCCAGUGGGAGGGAAGGACAGGUCGCACUGAGGGUCACAGUGGUGGUGACAUUGGUGGCAUUAUCUAUAAAUACAUUCACCUAAUUGAAAAGCCAAGAAGGAAAUGUAAAUAUAAUAUAUAUUUAUAUUUGAUGUAAUAUGGACAUCUUCCUAUUCUAAUAAACAAGGAGUAUUGCUGAUAGUAGAUUGUGAUGUACCCUCUUAUAAAAUGGUUUCCUUGACAAAAUUUAAGCUGAGCUUAAAAUCAGAGAACAUAAAAAUACACAGAAAAAUUUAUUAAGGUAUAAUACAGUUAGUUUAUUGAACUUUCUAGGUGUGGAGUUAGAUAGAUGCCCAAGGCUGCCUUUGAUGAGAGGUAUAAAAAUCGUGAGUGAGUCACCUGGACAGUUCUCACCGUGGACAUCUGUGAGCCUGCAGGAACAGUGGCUGUCUGGUACUGUGUGUGGUACUUCUCAUCUGAAAUACCGAGUAUAGUGUAGGAGCCCCAAACAGAACUUACAACCCUUUCAUUGUAAAAUAUUUUUGAUGAUUAUUCACAUUGAAUGUACAGACCAGGAAUUCAGUGAAUGUCAUUUUUUUUAAAAACUAAUUUGUAUUGUCUGCUCUAGUGAUACAAGUUUUAUUAGUGAUAAAGUAUUUUAAUCAACCAUACUAUUCUUAUGGGAAAAAUCUAUUUUGGCAGGUUUCUGUGCCUUUAUUUCCCUCUUCUGAAGAAACGUCCAUGUUUCAAUAUUUUGUUUUGAUUGUAUAUUGAUAAUUAAUCAGGAAUGGGUUUCGGUGUCUGAGAAAUUGGCCACGGAGGCACACCACAGCUUCAAGCACAGUCUUGUACCUGGUCACCACCAGUGGACUGUUUUCACUUGGUACGUUUCCUACAGACUCGGGCCCACGCUUGAGUCCCUGUGCUGACAGUGCUUCCGGGCGCCUCGCACAGAGACACAGGUGGUCUCCUCCCUCUCUGUAAGACAGCUGUGUCAUUGCGCCUAAGGAAGCUGGGUGCUCUUUGUGCCCCCACCUUCUCUCAUUCAUUUAUUUUAAAAUAACCAAACAAGUUGCACAGGAGUGUAGGAUGCGGUUUCUGUCUUUUAGAGAGAGAUCAGAAUUAAACGAGUACUACAAAAUGUCCUUUUGAAUGUUAGGUCAAGAAGCCUAUGUACAGUCAUGUGCUUCGCGGGCGGUAACUGUCAAACUUGCCCAGGGAUGAGAAGUCCAAUCCCAUCUUAAAUACUUGAUGAGACAAACUAUCCAACAUGAUUUCUAAGACCUAGAGGCAGUCCAUUUUCUUCAGCAUUUGAUUCAAUAAAUGUUAAGUCAACAGAAGACUUGGUAUAGUUGAACGUCAUUGUUAAGGGAUUUAACUCAGAAGUCAAUGAGAUGUUUUCCCUCCAUAGUGAUUGCUAAAUUUCUUCUAUAUUAUCACCAUGGAAAUAAAUAUGAAGAUGUGGACACUGUACAGGGCUCUUUUCUGUGGAGCAGAAGGUGUUGUUUGGGGUGUAGGGCUACACUGAGGCAGGAGAUGGGGCUCUGCAGGGCUUGCACCCCUGGUGAGAGGAGAACCCCAGAGAUUUGGCGUCGGGGUUGCACCUCCGAGAUGCAGGUGGGUGCCUGGGCCUUGACCAGGUGCUGGCAGAGAUGCACCGCCCAGCUGUCGAAGGGGCAGCGAAGGGCCCUUCCGGAAACCUUCAGGAGCAGGGACUUCUCUAUUCCCUGUCCCUAGUUUGAUUUCAUUGAAGGAUUUUUCCUUGCUCUAGGUCAAAUCUCGU